AUGGAAGACAAGGAAUUCACCCUAUCGAAGAAAGCGGCUCGACGCUGUGGAACCGUCAAUCACUAUGCUCAGAACACCGGUUUGACAGACGAUGAGGCGAUCUCGAAAAUGGAACCGAUGGCUCUUCCAAAUGUUUCCAAUGAAAGCCUUUAUUAUAUCGUUCGUUGGUGUGAACAACACCGCAACUGUCCGGCUUGGGUAGAGGAUCAAUGGUGGGAAAACGUAUAUAAUGACAAGAUGAGGCAAUGGGAGAAAGAAUUCAUGGCCGAGAUGACUUCCGAUGCGCUUUAUGAUGUUUACAUGGCCGCCAGCUACCUGGACAUCAAGUGCCUUCUCGAUCAUUGCGCUCAAGCAUUCGCCGAUAUGGUCCAGGGAAAAUCCCCGGAAGAGAUCCGCGAGAUUUGGGGAUUGGAGAACGACUUCACUCCUGAAGAGGAAGAGGAAAUCAAGUAUGAGAACCCCUGGAAGGUGCUUUUUGACUAUCAAGAGAAACUCGAGAAAGAAGAGGAAGCAGCCGCUGAACAAGGAUCGUCGUUGGCUCUAGUC